CAUCAGAUCCAACAAAAUACAAAGCAUCAUCAGCUCAAUCCAUGGCUACUUCUUCUACCAAAAUGCUAAUUAUUUUUAUGGUUGUUAGCUCUUUCAUGCUUGCUUCGGCUAAUUUCUAUCAGAAUUUUGAUAUAACUUGGGGAGAUGGUCGUGCGCAAAUUCUCAACAAUGGUGAUCUUCUCACUCUCUCUCUGGACAAAGCCUCAGGCUCAGGUUUUCAAUCCAAGAACGAGUAUCUAUUCGCAAAAAUUGAUAUGCAACUCAAGCUUGUCCCUGGAAAUUCCGCAGGCACAGUUACUGCCUACUAUUUAAAAUCAGCAGGCUCAGCUUGGGAUGAAAUAGACUUUGAAUUCCUGGGAAAUUUAAGUGGUGAUCCUUAUACUCUUCACACUAACGUGUUUAGCCAAGGCAAAGGUGACAGAGAGCAACAGUUCCACCUCUGGUUUGACCCUACUGCUGAUUUUCACACCUAUUCAAUUCUCUGGAAUCCUCAACGUAUUAUCUUCUAUGUUGAUGGCACGCCUAUUAGAGAGUUCAAGAACUCAGAGUCAGUUGGUGUUCCCUAUCUCAAAAGCCAGCCCAUGAGGAUUUACUCCAGUCUCUGGAACGCUGACGACUGGGCCACCAGAGGCGGGCUCAUCAAAACUGACUGGUCUCAAGCUCCAUUCACAGCUUCUUACAGAAACUACAAUGCCAUUAAUGCUUUCGUCUGGUCUUCAAGUUCAGGAUCCUCUUCCUGCAACUCAAAUUGGGAUAAUAGCUACGCCUGGCUUUGGGAGGAACUGGAUGACACAAGCCAACAGACACUCAACUGGGUGCAGGAGAAUUACAUGAUUUAUGACUAUUGCAAGGACACAAAACGUUUCCCCCAAGGCCUUCCUGCAGAAUGUGCACUCAAUAACUCAUCCUAGACCUAGAUGCAGGAAAACCAAUUUUUUUUUUAAAAAAAAUUUGAGGUCGUUAAUUGUUUUUUGAUGUUGCAAUUCUUUCAAUUUUUUUUUUUUUUUUUUGUGUAGUCAAACAAUGUGUGAAUUAUUUUUCAUGAAACAAAAUAAAUGCAGGCUAUAUAUUUCAGUUAA